GCAACGCUCGUUUGUAUUUCGCUCAACUGACGGUUGCCUUAUUUGGAUAUCUGAUGCAAAUAUAAACGUUUGCUCGUUGGUACACAAGGCUCAAUGUGCAAUUUAACUCAAAUGGAUGCGUAGGGAUAAAGUUGCCGCUGAGCCUCUAAUGAGAUGAAUAACUGCAUGUAUAAGCCACUGCAGCUCGACGCGUUGGGCAGGAGGCGGCGCACAGGACGGAUCAUGUCCAAAUGACGAACGUUAUUUUUAAAGCGCCCCAGAAGACAAAAUCGCCGACUGUCUGCCGAACCGAUUCGGCCAUGCGUCCACUUUCGGCACGUAAUUGGUGCGAACGAAUGAGUAAACGAGGCGUUGCGGAGAUUUGUUAACCAAUACGGAUCCGACAUACGCUUCGUUUAGGAUAAUGUCUCGUCGCGCUGUCUCAUGAUUUUCAUAGCUCUGUUUCUUUCUGCUCUUCCAUGGGGAAUGAGUAAUCGCUAUGUGCUCAUUGAAAGAGGCGGGUAUCUAACAGACAUCCGGAAUCCAUCGCGGAAUCCCACAGCUGCAUCAUCGCGAAUGAGAGCCUGCGCAGGGCGCUGUAGGAUUUUACACCGCAGGUCGUGAUGUGAUGGCCGCACUGCUAUUUUGCCAUCCUCGGCGCGGUUUAUGGGGAUUUCUGUGUGAGACGAUCUGAUAUUUCGUGCCUUUACUGAUACACGUUUUUUGGUAAUAUGGCUGAACAGAGCAACAUCCAGUCGGCCGCUUCCAAAAGCAUCAGGCCGUUCAAAUCCAGCGAGGAAUACCUGUAUGCUAUGAAGGAGGAUUUGGCCGAAUGGCUGAACGCGCUGUACGAUCUGGACAUCACGGCGGACACUUUUAUGGAGGGUCUCGAGACCGGUUGCGCGCUCUGCCGGCACGCCAACAACGUGAACCGGCGCGCCCAGGAAUUCAAGGAGAACUAUCCGGACGCGGCGCGGUCGUUGCGGAUUCCCAGCAAGGAUGUGGUGUUCCAGUCCAGGAACGUCAUACCCGGGUCCUUUUUGGCCAGAGACAACGUGUCCAACUUCAUCGCCUGGUGCAGGCUGGAGCUUUGGAUCAAAGAUGUCCUCAUGUUCGAGACCAACGACUUGGUGGAGAGGUGCAACGAGAAGAACUUCGUGCUCUGUCUGCUGGAAGUGGCGCGCCGGGGGGCCAAAUUCGGCAUGCUGGCACCCAUGUUGAUUCAACUUGAGGAGGAGAUCGAGGAGGAGAUACGGGACCAGGAGAACCUGCCGGAGUCGCUGGGGGAGUCGAGCCCGCCGAACAGGACGUUUAGUCGGAAGGAGAGCAUUGGCGAGCCCGAUCCAGAGCUGGUGGCCCGCUGGCAACAGCAGCAAAAGAGGGUUCUGCUGGAUAUGCGCAACUUGGACGAGCUGGUGCGGGAGAUUCUGGGCCAGUGCUCCUGUCCAUCACAAUUCCCCAUGACCAAAGUCUCUGAAGGGAAGUACAAAGUGGGCGACUCCAGUGCACUCAUCUUCAUCAGGGUGUUACGGACUCAUGUGAUGGUACGUGUGGGUGGAGGUUGGGACACGCUUGAGCAUUACCUCGAUAAACAUGAUCCUUGCCGCUGCGCUGCUUUCUCCCACAGGUAUCAGCAGGCAAAAGCGUGCGGCCAGGGUCCUCACAGCAAGAGCUCCAGCGCUCACUCCUCACGCUCCACAAGCCCAGGACCUCACUGGCGCAAUGAGGGCAUAGCACCCUACAAAACCGCUGACAGACGCUCCUUGGAUCCUGCCUUGGGCUCUACGGCACACUCCUCGCCAUCACGGCCUGGCAGGUCGCAUCAUGCAGUCGUACCUGUGGAAAUGGACACGGGGCGACCCACAGCGCUGCUGCCUCGACCCCCGCGAGACAGAUCAGAACCACGUCACUUUAAUCCUCUCAGGAAUAAGGACUCCCUUCUUCAGAUUACUCGCAGGCUUUCUGGAGAUAGCGACUCCUCUACAGCCUCCUCCAAAGGUGGAGGAGGUAGCACAGGAGGAGGUCGCUUCUCUCUGGGUACACGGCAGGCUCACAGAGAGGAGGUGGUGCUGCUGGUGAACCGCAAGGAAGGGAAGCAUGUUAUUGAGCGUCCUGCACCAGGGACGCAGAUCGCAGCUGUGAGAAUGGCUCAGACCCGCGCCCGCAGUACUUCCAGAGAGCGUCCUGCACCUCAGGCAGGCUCCUUACUGAAACCUAGUCCACCCCAGGCCUCAGCCGAGGUACACCGUACACCCCGCACGCCUGAGAGAGGCAGAUCCUUGGGACCCGAGGGUCCAAGGAGGCUCCAGGCUCCACGCUCCCUCAGCCAGGGCAAGACACCCAGAAACCGUCUGGGUGAGUCGAGUCCUGGAUCAUCUCCUCGUCACAGAGACCCUCAGCCUCUCUCCAUGGAUCGGAGAGAGGAACUGAGGCCCAAGCACGUGCCCCCAGCAUCUUCAAGAAUGAGUGGAAGCUUGCCCAGAAGACAGGCAUCCGCCUCCGCAUCUAACUCACCUGUGAAAGGAAGUGUAAGCGGAAGUCCUGGAAAGAAGGUGAUGGUAAUGCCAAAACCCCCUGCUCCUCGCUCACCUUCCUCCGGAAGUCGCAAACUGCUUCCCUCUGUCUCACAGGCAGGGCGGCGCUCUCCACAUUCUUCCCCACGAUCGAAUCUUCACCAUACACCACGUUCCCCUCGAAACAUGCACAAUUCGCGAUCCACAGGAAGAGAACAAAAAGCAUGGGUAAAUCCCCACCACCAACAGCAGGAGAGCCAGGGUGAUGGCGGCAUUUUGAGUUUGCACCUUCUGCCAAGUCUGGACCCUCAACGGGAGCAAGACCUGUAUCGCAGCUUUGAGGCUGAGUUUCUGGCCAAUACGCAGCAAUCCAGGGCAGGGCAGAGCAAAUCAUCCAGUGCUGGAAGGGAAAUCGGGUCUGUUCCGCUUCCCGUUGCCCAACAGGGUGUAGGGUUGCUUCCGAUAUCCACAGGUGACGCUAAUGUUACAGACUCAGCCUAUUCUUCAUCGAACUCUUCAACAUCUUCUCUCAACGUUGGAGGCAAGGUAGGAGUGCUUCCUGAUUUACGAGAGUCUAAACGGACUAACCCACGGGCCUGUGCACUUGAGGAUCCUCCCACCCUCCUCCACAAUCAGAUUCGGGGAGGCUUUCCCAAUGGUGGGCUCUUGGAGGGAGAGAGAUGGGCCGGACGAGGUGGAGCUCUUCGCAAGCUUCCCGCCAUCAUCAGCUCCGUAGAGGAAGGAGAUCUCCCGCAGUCUGUGUGCCACCCCAAAAAUCUCACUGGGAGUUUACCAAUGGACAGCCAGCAGGACCUGGUGGACUGGGCUGGUGUGGAUGGAGACGUCCCACAAACCGAACAUCAUCCCGAUCUACCAUAUGACCAUAGCGCAGACCCAAAUGGUGACCUACCAGAGUCAUUUCCCUCUCCUCCACCACCUCCGGAUGACUGUUCCUACCAAGAUUCCUCUAGUGAGAGCUCUUCCAUGUGUUUCAGCCUGAGUGAAUCUCCAUCUGAGGGAUCGUGCACACCUCCUUUACCCUUGCCUAAUGGAGAUGCCGAUGGUGCGGUGGUUCUUCGAGCCAAACGGAGUCAAAAGAAGGCGGAGAGGGUGCCUUCUAUCUACAAGCUCAAGCUACGUCCACGGAUAAGACCUCGAACUGACAACAGACCCGAGAACAGCCCGUCGCGCAUUCCUACACCUGUGCAAUACAGAAAUCAUUAUCAGUCUCCUUCCAAUUCGUCUCCCCUCCAGACUCCACCACAGUCCCCACGUUCAAACAGUCACCAACCUUCACACAAAGCUCUGCACCAGGCGUUUGCAGACCUUAUUCAACCCCAGCAGCGAUCUCCAGCUAUGGGCUCUAGAGAGUGUGCUUACUCUUCAGAGACCAGCCUUGACCAGGAGGCCUGGAUGUGAAGUGUGGUGAUGUGAAUAAUGAUGAACACAGGCAACUGACAUUUACAGCUUUAAAGUCGGAUUGAAGAGGAGUGUUUGAAACACAAAGCACAUUUAUAAUGACUAGAAGACAAUGCACAUCUGAUUGUGGUUAACAUGUAGCAGGAUGCUGGAAUCUUAACCGUCGUUUCACUGGAGACAUAGUUUGUCCGCAAAGUGGAACAUUACAAACAUAAUUUUUUGACCGUUUUGUCUCCUCUCCCUCACCAACACAACAUGCACUACGUGUAAUUUCUUUUAUCGAAUCCUCAUUUUUGCUUCUUUACUUUUUUAUUUUGAAAAGAAAAUUACUGCAUUUCCUAGCAAAGGAAGUUUUGUGGUUUGAGUGUAUAGGUUUUAUUCAAAGCAGCGCUGUUGGUUCUGGGCUGUUAUGUUCUCAUUUCUAAAUUGGUUCCACAACAACACAUUGUAACUGGUAUUGUUUAGUUUUCUUAAAAUGGUGAUAAAGUGUUAAUCUUUUAUUCAGGGAACCGUAAUUUACAGAUUACUCGGUAUUCUGGUGAAAAUAAGAGCAAGCUCUAGACUGAGAUGGAGUGCUGAAAACAUAAAAUACAAUUUUAAAUAAGGUAAAUAAGAUUUUUUUUAUUUAGCCCAUGCUAAAUAGGACAUCAUAUCAACACCCCCUCUUCUGUUGUUUCUAUUGAUCCUAAUUGGAUGACAGGGCAUAAUUCGUAAUAUUAUAUAGACUUGCUUAAUUUGCAAAAAAAUAGGGCACCCAUGUUAAUAUUUUGUAAUAUGUACAAACUGAAAUGGUUAAUGUAUAGGUUCAUAUGUAAUAUAUGCUAAUUUGGUUAAAUGUGUGUUAAAUGUACAUAUAAUAAUUGAAUUUAAGGCUGGUGGAUUAAAUGUAUGCUGUUUAUUUGAGUGUGAUAAUUCUGCUUUAGCUAUGCAAUGUUGCUAUUGAAUGUUGCCUUGACAAAUCUUCUUGCCUUAAAGUAAGGAUGAGAAGUUGUGUUUGAGGGGUCCUGUAUGUGUGUUUAUCUGGGUGGGCAAAAGUCUGUGAAUGUUUAAGAUGUUGAUGGACCCUCUGUUAUAGCCCAUUGUUAACUGUGAGACAGCCAAUCAUAGAUAGUUAAGGUAACAGAUUUAUGCUUUAUCAGCAUUUCUCUGUAAGUCUCUUGAUUGAAUCAGAAAGAUCUCUUGAUUUAUGUGGAGGUGAGAAAUGAAGGAUUCUUUGUUUUAUGAUUGCUCAUAUCAGUAAGGUGUUUUAAGUGGAAAUCACUACAGACUGUGUAUAGAAAUGGAAAUCAUCCUAAAUAAGCCUGAGUCACUUUUAUUGUAAAUUUCAUAUGGAGUCCAAAACUGUACAAUGACUGUUACUCUUGCCACUGUCAGUUUCUAUUAAAGCUCUGUGGCGCCACCAAGUGGUCGAACGAAUUCCACACAUUACACAACCAUAGCUGUGAAUGUGCUGAAAACGUAAUUUCCUUUGAGUGAACUCUGUUACUUGACUGUUAAUUUAUAUAUUGAUGAGGAUGACAGUAUAAAUGUAUCAUUGAGUGGGUGAUUUUAUGAUUUGUUUGUUUUAAGUUACUUAAAUCCUAUUUAAUUACACUACAACAUACUGUUUCAGAGUGGAUUGUUUGGACCUUGGUAAAUGAUUGUGAAGUGUUUUAUAAAGGGAAUAUGUUUUAUGCUUUUGAAUAAAUGGAUAAUUUGUUUGGUAAGUUCUCUUUUAAAGGCUGUACACAGCUGUGUAUUCAUGAGCGCAAGUGUUUUAUUGAAAGAUGGUCUGAUGUUUGCUCUCUCACUUUUUUGCCCUAUUGAAAGAGGUGUUUUUUUGGGUUUGGAUUUCAGUGUUCUGUUUGCCUAAUGGACUGCAACUAGGAUUAUAACGAUUAGUAUGACCAUGCAUACUCCACCUACUGUAUAAAACCUGCAAUACAGUGCAUCACAGCACAUAGCUUCUGCUGUGGCACUUUAGGACAAUGUUAAAUUUCACACCUUGGAACGAGGAUUGGGGAGCUUUCUGCAGUCUUUCAGAUUAUAUCAAUGGUUGCUGUGCCUAUGUUACACUGUAGUCAGGCAAACACAUACUGUAUACACACUACAUAGCCAUUUAGUUCAUCUUUCCAGUAUAAUCAUUCGCCUGUACAGUUGACUCCUUUUGAUCGUCAUUUGUGUUUUCUCUUGUUUUUCAACGAAAACAAUUUCUUCUCUGCGAUGACAUUCAUUGUGGGUUUGUAAAUCACAUUUACAAAGUUUGAAAUAAUUUAUUGCAUGGAUGGGUUUUGUUGAUCUGUAUUCAUUCUUGACAACAGAACGACAAGCGUGUAGAUUCACAUGAUUUUUUACUUGAGCAAAACCUGAAAUCUGAUUUUCAUUGUGCAGAUGUGAUCUACAAAAAUGCAUGUUGAAUCUCUGUCAUGGCUGGUAUGCAAAGACUGUGGAUUGAUCUAAAUGUUUAUGGAAUCACUUUAAUUUCUACUAUUCGCAUAUUUGAUUGAUUAUUUCUAUUUGUUCAAUGUUGACGAUGAAAUGUAAGGUCUUGACAUUGUGGAAUUUGUCUGUGUUGAAUAGCAAUAUUGCAAGACCAACAUUCCACUGUUCCCUGGCAACCAAUUGUUGUUAAUUUAAUUCUUGUAAUAAAAUUUUUUGGGAUGAAA